AUGUCGACGCCAAUCAUCCAAAAGAUUCCCAAUGAGACUGUUCAACGCAUCGCAUCAUUCCUGAGCUCCCGCGAUAUUAAGAAUCUGGUUCGAGGUUGCCCCUUUCUUCAUCCCCCGCUGUAUCGCCAGACGUGGCCUACUGUUUUUAUUCAUGGCAUUGAAAAUCGACUACUCUGCGAGUUGAGAAAGCUCCUUUCAAAAGCUGUGGAUGAGUCCAGCCCUCUCAAGUUCAUCAAGAAAGCGACGAUCCUCGUCACCGAAGAGCAUCCCAGGUCAAGUGGAUAUGAUUAG